GGUGGGUUUCAAACCUAACCAGCAAUAUACUGCAAUGAGAAUGUGCUACCAACAGCUAACUCAUUUUUUCAUGGUCCUUCGAGCCGGAGUGAGACUUGCUGCAGGCUUAUAAGAUGUCAACAUAUGCAGUAGAUGAGCCAACUGGGCGCGUCAGAAGGAAGACUGCCCUUCCCGCCCGAUAUGAGGAUUAUGAUCUCACUGGCUUUGCCCUGCCUACGUUGUAUCCAGAACCCAUGUCACCACACACUCAGAUACCCUCCAACCUGUCAGAAGGUGAAGACCAAGAGGAGGGUGCAAUGGCAUUCAGUCUUCCGCCGAUUCCAGGUGAUGAGCCUCACAGUUCAGAAGAGUGGUCCGACACAGACCCAGGCAGGUCUGAGAAUGCCAUACUUCAGCAACGAAACAGGAAUCUCCGCCAUGCAAAUGAAAACAUGCGUCACACUGUACAGAUGAUGCAACAGGAAAGAGAUGCAUUGCAGCAGACAAAUGAGCAGUUUGCUCAAGAGCUCUCACAGCUUAAGCGUCAAAUGCAGCAGCUACAAAUUCAGGUUGAUCAACAACAACCUCAGCCCCAUCCAUCUGCUAUUCCUGCCCGUCAACCUCAUCCUUGCAAACCUAUUCCGGCACCACGCCAUGUUAAGCACGUGCAGUCUGCGGAGAGAAGCUUCAGGCCAGUACCAGCACCGCGCUUCAGGCGAGACAGUUCAAGUCAAGAACAAUCCCCAGCUUUGGUGGCUGCUCCCAGAGACAAAAUGUACUCCCCCUAUGACAUUCCAAGUGCCCAGCCACCCAGUUGGGGGGCCCCAAAGGAAGAAUGCUACCACCAUGACCGUGAUUAUUAUCCCUCAUACCAGCGGGAGUAUGAAACCUCCUCACCUUAUGAUUCUGGCUGGCGCCACAAAAUGCCCCAUAGUUCACCAAGUCAAGUGCCUCAGUUUGAGCCAGAGUCAAUGUACAGAGGCCCUACUCCCACCAUACCAGACUUUGUACAUCCAAACCCGAGAGAGUUUUCACGGUUGAAGAUCGCCUUAGAGAACACACUCCCUGCUAGUGCCACGGAGAGGUAUAAAUUUCAGAUUCUUACAGACCAUCUCAAGCUAGAAGAAGCGUUACUCAUCGCUGAUUCGUACAGCCAUUCUCAAUACCCCUUCACAAGAACGAUGGCUGCGCUGGACCAGCAGUAUGGUCAGCCACACCAGCUUGCAUUACAACGAAUAGCAGAACUUAUGGAUGGCCCAAAUAUCAGCAGCGGGGACAUAAAAGCAUUCAGACUGUUUGCACUUAAAGUUCGGUCGCUCGUUGGCAUGCUGGGGCAGCUCGGAAAGAAGGGCACCUUUGAACUGCAGUGUGGCUCCCAUGUCUCCAGAUUAUUGGGGAAAUUACCACAUGAUCUUAGGUCAAGUUUUCGCCGGUUUGCACAUCCACACCGUGUUCCAAUUCCAACACUUCUGGAUCUUUCUGAAUGGUUGGAGUAUGAAAUCCAAGUACAGGAGGACACGUCAAGAUUUGUUACCAGCCAACGUAGAGGGCCCACUGCACGGACCAGAGAGGUAAUCAAAGACCACAAGUCCUUUAACAAGAAUGCAAACAUUCUGCUGAACACUGAGAAAGCCCUGCUUGACACGAGUACCUCAGCUCCUACUGUGAAAACUGUGCCAAAACCCUACUGCCCCUACUGCGAACAAAAUAAGCACUCUUUGAAUAACUGCUCAAAUUUCAAGCAACUCACUACAGAUCAGAAGCGUAACUGGGUCAAGGAGAACAAUCGGUGUUGGCGCUGUGGCAGGAGCCAUCAAGCAACGGAAUGCAGUCUGAAAAUGCGCUGUAAGCAGUGUAACGGUCGACAUCUGCUAGUUAUUCACGACAUUACAGUGAAAAGUGCUAAGAGCUCACAGACUGUGCCAAUUGAACCUGCUUCCACUCCUGCAACCAACUCCUGUCUUCUUAAUACAAUGAACGAGAUUCUUCUCAUUCGUAAGCCUCCUGCCAGCCGAAAAGUCCUGCUGAAGAUAAGUAAAGUAAUACUCAGGAAUGGAAAACACCACAUGACUGCCUAUGCUAUCCAAGAUGACGGGUCAGAAAGAACCAUCCUUCUUCACAGUGCUGCUCAACAGCUUGGCCUCAAAGGUAAACCAGAAGACCUACCGCUCCGCACAGUCAGACAGGAGCUCCAAGUCCUCAGUGGUGCAGCGGUGUCAUUCUCUAUCUCUCCUCUGUCACAGCCCAAGAAGGUGUUUCACAUUAAAGGUGCAUUUACAGCCCAGCAGCUAAGCCUGGCUGAACAUACACAUCCAGUCAAAGCUUUAAGGGAGAAAUAUCAACACCUGAGGGGUCUUCCACUACGACACCUAGAGACUGUGCGUCCUGUGCUCCUCAUCGGUUCAGACUACCCCCAUCUGAUUACUCCAGUGGAACCGGUCCGCCUUGGACCUCCAGGAGGGCCGGCUGCUGUUAAGACGCGGCUUGGAUGGACAUUGCAGGGGCCUGUGCAGCAUCUCCAGUGGGAAACCAACGAACAACACUGUUUCUUUACCUCAACUUCAUCUCCUGAGACAGAUCUCUUUAAGCAUGUUGAAAGACUGUGGCAGAUGGAUGCGCUACCCUGGCGCAAUGAGAAGACCAGCACCAGAUCCAAACAAGACCGUGAGGCAAUCGAGCUCCUUGAUGCCAAGACGGUCAGGGUUGAAGUAGAUGGGGUAAAGAGAUAUGCCACUCCUCUGUUGCGGGUCAAAAAUAUGCCACAGCUGAAAGCUCCCAAAGAGGCAGUGAUCUCACAGCUGAGAGCUACAGAGAGGCGACUGGUUAAAAAUCCAGAACAAGCAGUUGCUUACUCAGCAGAAAUCCACAAACUGGACCAAGCAGGCUAUGCUGUUAAGCUGGAUCAGCAUGCUGAACAGGACUCUGCUUACUCAUGGUAUAUCCCACACCAUAUUGUCCACCACAAUGGGAAAAACAGAGUAGUUUUUAAUUGCUCCUUCAAUUAUCAGGGCCAAAACCUCAACGAGCUGUUGCUCCCAGGGCCAGUACUGGGACCGUCUCUACUAGCUGUUCUGCUCCGAUUCCGGGAACACUCCAUUGCAGUCAGCAGUGACAUACGUGGGAUGUUCCACCAGGUCAGGUUGCUCCCAGAGGACAGACCACUGCUGCGUUUUCUCUGGCGAGAUCUCAAGGUACAGGAACAACCUAAUGUUUUUGAGUGGCAGGUCCUUCCCUUUGGGACCACCUGCAGUCCCUGUUGUGCAGUGUACGCCCUUCAAAAGCAUGUCCUUGAUCACAGCAGACCUGAAGAAGAUGUCAGGCAUUCAGUCUUGAAGUCCUUUUAUGUCGACAAUUGCCUGCAAAGCUUCACUACGACGGAAGAAGCUAAAAGCUUCGUCGACAAACUCAGGACCUUACUGGCAGAUGGUGGUUUCGAAUUGAGACAGUGGUCUAGUAAUCAGCCAUCAACCAUAAAACACCUGCCCUCAGAGUUGAAAUCGGCCAGUGCCGAGCUCUGGAUUUCUCAUGGCAAGACAGAUACACAAGAAUCUGCUCUGGGACUGCUUUGGAACCAUCAAACAGACACCAUUUCCUAUAGGUAUCGUCCCACAGAGAGUACUGAGAUCACUAUGCGUAACAUCUACAGAACACUGGCCAGUCAAUAUGAUCCCCUGGGCUACCUCAUUCCAUACACCACCAGGGCAAAACUCAUAGUCCAACGCUUGUGGGACAAAAAAAGGGACUGGGAUGAUCCAAACCUUCCCCCUGAUCUAUUGCAAACUUGGACAGAGUGGGAGGCAGAGUUACCAUCUCUUUCGCACAUUGCCUUCCCAAGAUCCUACACUGGUCCGGCUAAAGACAAAGAAACAAGUCAGCAAGACAUCCACAUCUUUUGUGAUGCCUCUGAACGGGCAUAUGGUUCAGUUGCUUAUUUAAGGACAGAAGACCAGCAGGGGGAUGUGGAGGUCUCUUUCCUUACAGCCAGAUCAAAAGUAGCGCCCAAAAAACAGCAGUCCAUACCCCGCCUAGAACUCUGCGCUGCGCUAACUGGUGCUCAACUGGCCAAAGUUGUAAGUUCUGAGUUAACCUUGCCCAUUCAUCACAUCACUUUGUGGACUGACUCAACCACCGUCCUUACCUGGCUCAAGUCUGAGUCUUGUAGAUUUAAGGUCUUUGUCGGCACCCGAGUGGCAGAGAUCCAAGAUCUCACGGAUCAGCACACAUGGAGAUUUGUGCCAUCCUCCAGUAACCCGGCUGAUGACAUUACGCGGGGACGAACAUUGAAUGAGCUUGGUCCAGACAGCCACUGGUAUCAGGGACCAUCAUUCUUAAAAGGCUCUCCCAGUUCGUGGCCUGAAACACCACCUCCUGUGGAGGUAAAUGGAGAUGAGCUGCGCAAAACAGGUUUGUGCACACUUGCAUGCUUCACGACCAGCACAUCAGUCCUUAACCCUGAUCGUCAUAAGACUUUCCAAGAGUUGAUAGAGUCCAAGGCUUCUCACGGGGCGGCCGCCUGCAGCCUGACAGCUAGUGCCUACAGAGAUGCUGAAGUCACUCUUCUACAACAAUCCCAACAAGAGUCUUUCCCCUUAGACCUUGAACAGUUAAGGGCUGGUAAAAUUCUCUCUCAUAACAGUCGCUUAAAAGCUUUGGCACCUGAACUUGACAGUGAGACCCAGCUAAUUCGAGUUGGAGGUCGCCUACGUCACAGUCCCUACCUUGAGCAAGACACUGUACACCCCAUCGUUCUUGAUCCAAAGCACCCAAUCACACAGCUCAUCAUACAAAUUUAUGAUGCCAAACUCCACCACCCAGGAUAUGAGAGAGUAUUUGCUGAACUUCGACGCAAGUACUGGAUUCUCCGCGGUAGGGAAGCUGUUAAGCGGUUUCAACGGAGCUGUGUAGAGUGCCAGAAAUGGAGGAAGAAUCCAGAGAUCCCCAGAAUGGCAGACCUACCUCCAGCCAGACUACGCUUAUUCCGACCUGCAUUCUAUUCUACAGGUAUGGACUGUUUCGGCCCUUAUACUGUCAAGGUUGGUAGGAGGACUGAGAAGAAAUGGGGUAUCAUUUUUAAGUGCUUAACCACUCGAGCAGUGUACAUUGAUGUUCUACAUAACCUUGAUGCUGACUCUUUCCUCAUGGCCCUCCGACGCUUCACUGCCAGGCGCGGAACCCCCUUUGAACUCAUAUCAGAUCAGGGUACCAAUUUUAAGGGAGGAGAAAGGGAACUCAGAGAAGCCUUUGCAGCCCUUGCCCCUGAACUUCAGGCACAUCUAGCCAGACAACAGAUUGAAUUCCGUUUCAACCCCCCAAAUGCUCCUCACUUCGGAGGUUGCUGGGAGCGAGAAAUACGUUCUCUAAAGCAAGCACUGACCGCCACCAUCGGAGCUCAGUCAGUAACCUUUGAAGUGCUACAAACGGUGUUAGUGGAGAUUGAGGGAAUUCUAAACUCAAAACCCUUGGGUUAUACUUCCUCUGACAUUGCGGACCUAGACCCCAUCACUCCAAACUCUCUCUUGAUGGGGCGGCCAGAUUCCACUCUACCUCCAGUGGUAUACCCAGAGUCUGAGCUUAUAAGCAGGCGGCGAUGGCGCCACAGCCAAGUUCUUGCAGACCACUUCUGGAGACACUUCCUGAGGUUUUACCUUCCUGGUCUGCAAACCCGUCAGAAGUGGCAAGGGGACAUAUCUGACAUUCAAGUUGGCACCACAGUGAUGAUCGUCGACCCACAGUUGCCUCGAGCACUUUGGCCAGUGGGACGAGUGUCAGAAGUCUUCCCUGGGGCUGACGGCAGAGUGAGGACAGCUAAUAUUAAGGUGGGCGAAAAGACAUACACACGCCCAAUAGCACGUAUUGUACAAUUGCCUAGCAUUUCUGAGUAAUGUAACAUUGUACACCAAUAUGUUACUUAGAGGCCCUUUUUGUAAUUGUACAGAUUCUGUCCCCAGAAUCUGGGGGCGGCUGUUAAAAAGGCCAUUAUAUUCAUAAGAAUAAUAUGCCUUUUGAUUUAAAUCUCUCUCUGUUUUGCCGAGAUUGAUUGGCACGCAGCAUCCAGCACAGCAGCCAAUCAGCGCUCACGGAUCGACGUGCAGGCGAUCAUCCCGCCCAUAGCGCUUAGUGCAAAGUUGAAAGCGAGUCCGGCGGAGCGCUGACGCGGAUGCUGAACUUUUACGUUAUAUAUCUUAUAUAGUUUUAUUCAUUGUUCGGGUGUUGUGCGUCUAUUCAAAAAAAACCACACACACACAUACUGAAUAUACCCAACUAAGACGACUCUUCAACUUUUUACUAAUAACUGAGUUGUUGUGGUGACAAAUAAACGGGUUACUCCCAUAUUUCAAC